AUGGGUUCAGGCUCGUUCGCUCUGUUGCCGCAAGGGAGAAGGAAAGCGCUGGGACCGGGCUGGUGGAAGGAAGCUUUACUGGCAUUGGCGGUUGGCGCCACUGCCUAUGGGAGCCUGGCAGGUGUAGUAGGACCACAAGCUGAGACGUUUCGAAGUCUAAGUGUUUCACCCUCUGAUACGCCGAAGGCUGUUCAGAGGAAGAACAAGAAACUCCGAGCCAAACUGAGCAAGUCUCCCUGGCCCGAGCUGACAUGCUUCGAAGCGCAGGGCCGCGUUUAUCCUUUGCCCCUGCGAGCUGGGAGUCGGAACUCCGCUACGUCGCACUGGCACGACAUUUCGAUAACUUCGAGAUUGCGAUAUUUGGCCGGCUUCUUCGAUGGGGAUGGCUCUGUUUCUUGUUCGGGACGUUUGUUGUCGGGAUGCUCCCUGCGCAUUGGGCAGUCCUACGACCAGGCUGCCAUUUUGAUGCGGUUUUGGGAGACGUUCGCCGGAAGUAUCACGUUGCAGUGUGGUGGCAUGGGCCUGCAAAAACCACUUCUUCGGUGGACGGUCACUGGCCAAAAUGCCCGCAUUGCCGCUCAGAUGUUGGCGCCGCACGGCAUGGUAAGGCGGAGGCAACUCUUACUGGCCGCCCAGUGGCCGGACACACCGUCCGAGAGAGAACGCUGCGCAGCCGAGUUGCGUGCUUUGAAAGAGUACGAUUCCGCUGACCCCGGUCCAUGCAGCUGGGAGUACUGUGCAGGUUUCUUUGAUGCCGAGGGCUGCAUAACGCAGGCGCCAGCAGGAGCCUCGCUGGCUCUACGAAUCAGGCGACGACAUCCCAAAGUGCUGAGGAGUCUUCGCGAUUUCUUGGCCGGCACUUUGGGCACAGAUGCAACGCUCAAGCCGUCGACGUCUGGCAGUACGUCUAGCUAUGUACUCUGGAUUUACGAGCCGCUUGAUUGCAGGCAGGUACUGCAGCACAUGCUGAGAGCCGGACUAUUGUGCAAAGCCAGACAGUCGAUGCUAUUUCUGAGACUGACACCGGAGAAUGCGGCACGCAUCUGCGCUAAGCUGGCGCUGGAGGCACGGACUGGGAACCGACAGUUUGGGAAGAAAAGGGAUGCUUCUGACCGGGAAAGGGCGAGGAAUAUCGCGUCGGCACAGGCUCAAGCUGCAGAAUUGAAGCGGCGAGGGCAGUAUGCGAAAGCUGGAGCCAAGCAGCACGAGGCUGCGAUCCUCAAACAUGCGGACGAGCUAGUCAAAGCCCGUCGUGAAAAUCAGCAAUUGUUCGAGUAUUUGAGCAAGCUGCACGAUUUGCACGACUCUUCGUGGCACGGUCCACUCGCCCCCGGACUGUGA